AUGGCGCCCAAUCAUUAUAGCUUUAAUUUGAGUUUUGAAUUCUAUCGCCAGUUUGUGCGCAGUGCGGAAAUUCGUGUCUUAACCCAAGUCAAGACGGUGAAGGGUGUUAGACCAAUUACUUAUUUCGAUGUGCGUCUGAAUCUUUGCGAUUCUCUGAGUAAUUUCAAGUCAAUACCACUGCUCAUUGAUCUGUAUCGGGAAUUGAAGAAGUCCUUCAAUGUUAAGCUGGGCUGUCCCAUUAAGGCGAAUUUCCUCUAUAAAAUGCGCAACUUUACCUUUACCAAUGAAUAUCUACCCCCUUUUACGCCGGCCUUAAAUUUUAAUCAUUCUUUGAAUUUCUAUGAGAAUCAAAUGAAAGUUACCUCAAUUCUUACCCAGGGAUAUGUGUGGCACAAUGGAACGACGCCGAAGAAGGUGGGCUGA